UAGGGCAAGCAUAUUGCAAAAAAUCAUUGUAAGAACCAAACCCACUGCAUUUAUGUUCAGUGACAUUAACUCAAAACACAUGCUUAACUUCAUUGUACGCUUCCAAGGUUACUGUAUUAUGUUAUUGCGUUAAAAUUACAAUUUUAUUUUGAAAGAACGACUCGGAAGCCAUACCAAAGGUCUUUGACAGUAAGAGGUGUGCCUGUUUAUUUGCAAGAGUUGUGUUAUAUAGACAGUGACCCACUUUGCUUGUGAAAACAGCACACAAUGUCCUCUGCUGGCGGAAUUCAGAUACCGAGCCGCCUGCCGCUGCUACUGACUCAUGAAGGGGUGCUCCUCCCAGGCUCCACCGUCAGAUUCAGCGUGGACUCUCCGCGGAACAUGCAGCUGGUCAGCCAGCGGCUGCUGAAGGGAACUUCUCUGAAAAGCACUAUCAUAGGAGUGAUUCCCAACACCAGAGACCCAGAGCAAGACACCGAUGACCUUCCCAACUUGCAUAAAAUUGGUACAGCAGGUAUAGCUGUGCAGGUUGUGGGCAGCAACUGGCCAAAGCCCCACUACACCCUCCUCAUCACUGGACUGUGUCGCUUUAGUGUAACAAGUAUGCUUAAGGAGCGACCCUUUGUCCUGGCAGAGGUGGAGCAGCUGGAUAAACUGGAGCAGUAUACGACCCCAGCCUCAGAGGGGGUCACAGCAGAAGAUGGAGAGCUGGGGGAGCUCUCACACAAGUUCUACCAGGCGGCUGUACAGUUGUUAGGUAUGUUGGACAUGUCUGUUCCAGUGGUGGCUAAGUUCAGGCGUCUGUUGGACAGUCUGCCCAAGGAAACUCUCCCUGAUGUGGUAGCCUCCAUGAUCCGCACCUCAAACAAGGAGAAACUCCAGGUCCUUGAUGCAUUAAGUUUGGAGGAGCGAUUCAAGAAGGCUCUGCCCAUGUUGACAAGACAGAUAGAGGGACUGAAGCUGCUGCAGAAAACCAGGAAAAAAAGUCCUGACAAUGAGAAGAGGGUGAUAUCAGUUCGUAAAGGUGGAGUGUUCCCGGGCAGGCAGUUUAACCUGGAUGAGGAAGAUGAAGAUGAGGAUGGGGAUGACACAGCAGCAUUGGAAAGGAAGGUUCAUGGAGCCAAGAUGCCUGAAGCUGCACUUAGAGUUUGCCUGAAAGAGCUCAAGAGAUUAAAAAAGAUGCCUCAGUCCAUGCCUGAAUUCGCCCUGACCAGAAACUACUUGGAUCUGAUGGUAGAGUUGCCAUGGAGUAAAAGCACUAAAGACUGCCUGGACAUCCGAGCAGCUCGCACUCUAUUGGACAACGACCACUUUGCCAUGGAUAAGCUGAAGAGACGUGUGCUUGAGUACCUGGCUGUGAGGCAGCUGAAAACUUCACUGAAGGGUCCCAUCCUGUGCUUCGUGGGGCCCCCAGGAGUAGGUAAGACCAGUGUGGGUCGCUCCAUAGCAAGGACUCUGGGCAGAGAGUUUCACCGCAUCGCAUUGGGAGGCGUCUGUGACCAAUCUGACAUCCGAGGACACAGACGCACGUACGUAGGCAGUAUGCCGGGCCGCAUCAUCAACGGUUUGAAGACAGUUGCCGUCAAUAAUCCCGUUUUCCUCUUGGACGAGGUGGACAAACUGGGGAAGAGCCUGCAAGGAGACCCAGCAGCUGCCCUUUUAGAGGUCUUGGACCCAGAGCAGAACCACAGCUUCACCGACCAUUACCUCAACGUGGCCUUUGACCUGUCCCAAGUUCUCUUUAUUGCCACAGCAAACACCACAGCCACCAUUCCCCCUGCCCUGCUGGACAGGAUGGAGGUGCUGCAGGUACCAGGCUACACUCAGGAGGAGAAAGUGGAGAUAGCUCACCGUCACCUGAUCCCAAACCAGCUGGAGCAGCAUGGGUUAACCCCUCAACAGCUGCAUAUACCACAGGACACCACACAGAAUAUUAUCAGCAGUUACACCCGGGAGGCGGGCGUGCGCUCCCUUGAGAGGAAGUUAGGGGCGAUCUGCCGGGCUGUGGCUGUGAAGGUCGCUGAAGGUCACAGAGUCACAAAGACGGAGGCUCUGAGCCCGGAGAGCCCAACGCAGCCGGGGGACAAGGCAGCGCCGCCAGAGAUGCCCAUCGUGAUCGACCACGUGGCCCUGAAAGACAUCCUGGGGCCUCCUCUGUUUGAGAUGGAGGUGUCUGAGAGACUCACCCUGCCAGGCGUGGCUGUCGGUCUGGCCUGGACUCCGCUGGGGGGGGAGAUCUUGUUUGUGGAGGCCAGUCGGAUGGAGGGGGAGGGCCAGCUCACUCUGACAGGUCAGCUGGGAGACGUUAUGAAGGAAUCCGCACAUCUUGCUAUCAGCUGGCUCCGAGCCAACGCUAAGACCUACCAGCUCACCAACAUGGUCGGAGGGCCAGAUCCGCUGGAAGGGACAGACAUCCACCUCCACUUCCCUGCUGGAGCCGUCACCAAAGAUGGCCCGUCUGCAGGCGUUACAAUAGUUACCUGCCUAGCAUCGCUGUUUAGUGGCCGAUUGGUCCGAUCAGAUGUCGCCAUGACGGGCGAGAUCACGCUGCGAGGGCUGGUGCUGCCCGUGGGUGGAAUCAAGGACAAGGUCCUGGCGGCCCACAGGGCGGGAGUGAAGCGCGUCAUCCUCCCGAAACGCAACGAGAAGGACUUAGAGGAGCUACCGGCUAACGUCCGAGCCGACCUUGACUUUGUCACCGCGGCCAACCUGGAUGAAGUUUUGAACGGUGCCUUUGACGGAGGCUUCCCAGGAAUAGCUGGCACACACACACAGCCUCAGCUCAGCAGUAAACUGUAACACACUGAAGAACACACACACACAGCUAGUCUGAAGUGAGAGAAGCAUUUUGUAGUCCAACAGCGGAGAGCUUGCGUAGUCAUGCUCGACUUCUAGGAGUGCAAUGUGUUUUUCCCUGAUUUGCAGUUUCCCGGAAAUUGUAAGUCAGUGUGAACAGCUGUGAUUCUGAGUAGUCAGGUUGUUGGAUGAGUAUGAAGGGAAAAACAAGAUGAUAAAUUUUACAUUUUGAGAAAAAUGCCAAACUUUCGAGAAACAUUUCCAAAUAUCAGUGUAUGCGCUAACGCUAGUACUUUGAUUUAUUCCCCCAAAAGUUCAAACUUAUUCUCCGUUUAUUCUCCAAAUGGCUAUCUUAAUUUUAUUUUCGAUAUGGUUUUGGACUUUAUUCUCCACAUUUGGAUUUUGUUCUUGAAAUGCAGAAUAAAUCAACAAUUUCCCUUGUUUCCCUUUUAUGACCGGAUGUAAUGCUCCUUUGAACAAAGCAUUAUUUUCCUAUUGAAGAGAUCAUUUGAGGUUAUUGCUCCAAAUUCCCAUUCAAGCCCUGUAGGAGAAUGUAAUAUACUCCAAACUCUGUUAUGGGGGUCGUGAUGGUAUCAUUUGCAGGGAAGACUUAUUCUGAUAGCAUUCCCACUGUGUGUUGUCACAUUGGGAUUCAGCUUCACUGCUGUUGUCAAAAAUAUCUUCAUUAUAUUAAUAGCAGCGUUGUGAAAUGAAUGUGAAGCCUUAAAACAUUGCCUGCCACCGAAAACAUGUUGAUUCAGUUUGAUUGUUACAGCGUGUGCUGAAAAGUGAAGGCAAAGCCACCUGCUGAGUUGGCGUGUAUGUGAUGAUAUGUUCUGUUUGUGUUAAAUCACAUAGGUGAACAUGUCUGAUUUAAAUUCAAUAGGUAUUGAACAUGCAGAUUGUGAUGUAUGAGCACAUUUCAUAUCAAUUUACAGAAAAGGCUAUAUUUAGUUUGAUCAUAAACACUAUGAAUGCUGAGGCCCUUCCUUAUGUGUCUAAACAAUUAUUCUGGACAGAUAUUACAAUUUUAAUAAAAUCCAAAAUGCUA